UGUGCGUGGACGUGUGCAGCACGUCGUGCGUUUCCCGGAUGUACCAAACACUAACAUGGAUCGCCUGGUGACGGACGUACCGAUCAAGAACGAGUUCCCCCUCAUCGGCCUGUGCACCACUCAGAGGAAGCGGCAGGUUCGAUUCUCCGCUCGCCAUGACAUCCUCCUGCUCCGGGAGGUCAUCGCUCAGAACCCGUUUGCAUCCAAAGAAUCAGGAAAGGUCUGGGCUCGUGUGGGGGAAAUCAUCACCGCCGCUCUUCAGGACGAGAGCUUUGAGGUCGACGCUCGUAGAUGUCGGGAGAGGACCAUGCUGCUGCUGGAUUACUACAAGAAACAGGACUUCACGAGUCUGCGGAGGUUCGGCUCCGAGAGGCUGUACGCACAGAAAGAGGAUCUGCUGCAUGAGGUUCUGGAGCUGGAGGCGGAGAGGGGGGCUGUGGUCAGUGGGGACAGCGGGAAAUAUCAGGAGGAGGAGUUGAAUAAACGAGCUCUGGAGGAGCUGACGCUGCUGGAGCAGGAGAAGCCCCCGAUCACACACACCAGUACUGCAACUGAGGCGGAGGAGGAGCACGAGGAGCUGGCGGAGCUGGCGGCCCCUCCCACCGCCAAGCGCCCGUGUCAGUGCUGCUGCCAAACCUACUCGGAAAUCCUGAGCUUUCUGGAGAAACGCUCCGAGGCCGAGCAGAGGCUGAGGGAGGAGCAGCUGGCCCUGCGUCGAGAGGAGCUGGAGAUUCAGAGGAGUAAGAUCGCUUUAGAGAGAGAGCGGCUGGGAGCGGAGAGACGAGAACGAGAGCGGAGGUUUGAACUGGAGAGUCAAGAGAGGCAGGUCAUUCUGGAUCUGCUCAAAGAGAAAGUGCUCAAGAGUUAGUCUG